AACCCUAUGGAUAUAGACAAAAUUAUCUGUGCUGAGAUUCCCGAUCAUGAUGUUGAUAAUGCAUACUACGAAGCUGUCAAGAGUUUCAUGCUGCAUGGUCCAUGUGGUCUUAGCAAGCCAACUUCCCCUUGCAUGGAAGAAGGACGUUGUAUGCGUCAUUUCCCUAAGAAGUUCAACGAAGUUACUACAGUUGACGAAGAUGGUUACCCAGUUUAUAGGCGUCGAAAUAAUGGAUGCACAGUGGAAGUGUCUGGAAUUCAUCUUGACAAUAGAUAUGUUGUGCCACAUAAUAGAUUGUUGUUACUAAAAUGUCGUGCUCACAUUAAUGUGGAAUGGUGUAACCAAUCAAGACCUAUCAAGUAUUUGUUCAAAUAUGUAAACAAAGGGAGUGAUCGGGUCACAGCCUCUUUUUACAGAAACUCCACCAGUGACAAUUCAAGUACGAAUGUUGAUGAAGUGAAAAUGUUUUAUGAUUGUCGAUACAUAUCUCCUUGUGAAGCUGCCUGGAGGAUAUUUUCCUAUGACAUUCACUACAGAAAUCUAUCUGUUGAGAGGCUGAGUUUUCAUUUACCAGAUCAACAACCUGUUGUAUUUACAGAUAAUGAAUCAUUAGUUGAAGCUCUUGCGAAGGCCACUAUAAAAGAGUCCAUGUUUCUAGCUUGGUUUGCAGCUAACGAAAAAUAUGCGGAAGCUAGACAACUAACAUACACUGAGUUUCCAGCAAAGUUUGUUUGGAAACCUUCACCUCGAGCUUGGGAACCUAGGAAAAGUCAUCAAGUCAUUGGAAGGAUGAUUUUCAUUCCACCAUCAUCUGGUGAGCUAUAUUACUUAAGGAUGUUGUUAAAUAUUGUAAAGGGACCAACAAGCUAUGCAGAUAUUCGAACCUACAAUGGUGUUAUCUAUUCAUCAUUUCGAGAUGCAUGCUAUGCACGUGGGCUACUUGAUGACAACAAAGAAUAUAUUGAUGCCAUUAAGGAAGCAAGUCAUUGGGGGUCAGGUCAUUAUUUGCGAAAAUUGUUUGCGACUCUAUUGUGGUCUAACUCAAUGGUGCGACCUGAAGCUGUAUGGGAAGAAACUGCCAUCUUAUUAUGUGAUGGGAUUUUGCAUAAUCACAGAGCCAUGUUUGGCCGAUCUGAUUUGGUUUUCAACGAUGAAGAAUUAAAGGACCUAACUUUGAUUGAGAUUGAACAAAUAUUGAACAGUAACGCCAAGAGCUUGCGGAAUUAUCCGACAAUGCCAUUUCCAUCAGGGGAAACUGACCAUCUUAGAACACGAAACAAGAUGAUCUUUGAUGAGUUAAAUUAUUAUCGUGUUGAAUUACAAAGGCAACACAUUCAAUGCCUGUCUAAAUUAACUAUAGAGCAAAGAAGAGUAUAUGAUAAGAUCAUGAGCGCUACAGAAAGUCAACAUUGACGUAUGUUUUUUUUGUAUGGCCAUGGAGGUACAGGAAAGACUUUCCUUUGGAAAACUUUAGCUUCAGCAUUGAGAUCAAAGGGACAGAUAAUCUUAACUGUUGCCUCUAGCGGUAUUGCUUCUCUUUUGUUACCUGAAGGUCGGACUACACAUUCUAGAUUUGCCAUACCAUUAACCCCAGAUUAAUUCUCUACUUGCAAUAUCAAGCAGGGAAGCCCAUUGGCAGAGUUAAUUGUAAGAGCAAAGCUAAUAAUCUGGAAUGAAGCUCCUAUGAUGAGCAAAUUUUGUUUCGAAGCACUUGAUAAGACAAUGAAAGAUUUGAUGAGGUUCAAACAUGAUGAAAGCCCAGAGAUGCCAUUCGAAGGGAAAACAAUAGUCUUUGGUGGAGAUUUUAGGCAAAUCUUGCCAGUGAUUCCAAAGGGAACAAGACAAGACAUCGUCAAUGCGUCUUUAAAUUCAUCAUAUCUAUGGCAGCAUUGUGAAAUAUUAAAGCUAACCAUCAACAUACGGCUGCAAUCCAUGGCUGCAGAUAGUGGCAUACAAGAUUUGCAGCAAUUUGCCGAAUGGAUUCUUCAGGUUGGCAAUGGAAUAUCAGAAGGAAUGAGUGACGAGUGCAAUUUAAUUAGCAUACCUCCUGAAUUCCUUAUCACCUAUUAUAAUGAUCCAAUUGAAGCAAUCGUUGAAGCAAUCUAUUCUGAUUACAUUGCUGACAUGGAUAACGAAGGCCACUUGAAAGGUCGAGCUAUUUUGGCUCCUACAAUUAAUGCGGUAGAUGAGGUGAAUGAUUACAUGACCGAACUGAACAACAAUGCAUGCAAAACUUAUGUUAGUUCCAAUAAAUGUUUGUUCGAAGGGGGUAGCAAUGAAAUUGAAGGUAUGCACACACCGGAGUUUUUAGCAACAAUUAAAUGUUCCGGGGUUCCAAAUCAUGAAUUGAAGCUAAAGGUUGGUUGCCCUGUCAUGCUUAUUAAAAAUAUUGAUCGCUCUUCAGGGCUUUGCAAUGGUACUAGAUUGAUAAUUACAAGACUUGGAGAUAAAGUUAUCAAGGCAAGAUUAUUAAAUUCUGACAACUGUGUCGAUAAGGUCUUUAUUCCUAGAAUGACACUCACACCAUCAGAUGCUAGGCUACCAUUUCGAUUUCAAAGGAGACAAUUCCCUCUCAUGCUAUCUUAUGCAAUGACCAUAAACAAAAGUCAAGGACAAUCAUUAGACCACAUCGGAUUACUACUGAAAAAAUCUGUUUUCACACAUGGCCAACUAUAUGUUGCCAUUUCAAGGGUCACUAACAAGAAAGGAUUGAAAAUUCUAAUUGCUCAUGAUGAAAACACUGGCAAAACAGAAAAUAUUGUUUACCCAAAAGUCUUUAGAAAUGUAUGACAAACCUUUUAACAUUACAUAUUUCUUAAUUAUUAUCUCAUGUAUAUACAUGUAU